AUGCAUAGCUGUGGUGACGAUGAUGAAUAUUUGCGCAAAUGCCUUUCUGUGCCUUUCUUCUGCAUCAUCAUGAACUAUGAUGAAGAAAGUCACCCAGAAUCAAAACUUCAGCAUGAACAAGAUAAAUCCAACUCCCUUCCUGUUCCUUCUGUUUCCAAGCGAAUUGUGCUUGGCGAUUCUGUCUGCAAUUUAUCAGGAACGGCCGACCACGCGAGCGGCAGCGCAGACCUCCCAGGGGAAAAGAAGGACUUGUUCAGUAAGAGCACAGAGCUUGUCGGGGAAGGCACCAGCGAGCUCCGUCACCGUAACAGAGGGGAACUGUCCUCUGAAGCUGCGCCGCGGCCUCCUAGGCAUGGAUUAGAGCAAUACUUAUCCAGAUUCGAUGAAGCUCUGAAGCUGAGGAACCAGCUAAUGAGUGAGAAGCCGAGCCAAGAGAAUGGGAAUGCAGUCGAGGAGUUCGAUUCUUUCCGCAUUUUUAGAUUAGUGGGAUGCGCUCUGCUUGCCAUUGCAGUCAGGGCUUUUGUGUGCAAGUACUUGUCAAUAUUUGCACCAUUUCUUACUCUACAACUUGCCUACAUGGGACUGUCCAAGUACUUUCCAAAGUGUGAAAAGAAAGUGAAAACAACAGUACUAACUGCUGCUCUCUUACUGUCUGGAAUCCCUGCGGAAGUGAUUAGUCGUUCCAUGGACACCUACAGCAAAAUGGGAGAUGUUUUCACAGACCUUUGUGUCUAUUUCUUUACUUUUAUCUUCUGCCAUGAACUUUCUCUGUUUUUUGGUUCAGAAGCACCCUGA